CGCGGCAAGAGACAGACACGCACAGUCACAGAGACAGACUUAGAGAUAGAGAAAAACACGUAGACACGAACUCAGGACACAUACAAAAACACAUACACAGAGACUGACACUUUUAGAGAUACCGAGACAGAGAAAUAUAGACACCGACCAACUUAACAAAGCACAGAAAUACUUAGAGAUAGACACUCAUAGACACAGAGGCACAGCAGACUGAAAGAUACAUACAUACACAGAAACACUCACUUAGACACACGCAUAAACAGAAACACAAAAAAACAUACACGUACAUAUACACAGAAAUGUAGUGACAAACAUACAUACACACAGAAACAUAGAAACAAACCCCCCAGAGAACACUACUUAGACAUACAGAGAUACACAUAGAGACGUACAGGAGUGCACACUUAUAGGAACAAAUAAACACACUUAGAUACACACACAAACGCACAGAGACGUAUCACCAUGUCAUCUCUAUAUCCACCAAGGCCUAUGCCGUUCAUCAUGACCGACGAGAACUCAAAGUUCUACGUCAACAAGGAAACCGCUGAUCUUCUGGGUAAAAUAGACAAACCGGUGGUGGUGGUGGCAAUAGUUGGAAAAUACAGAACUGGAAAAUCCUUCCUCAUGAAUCGACUGGCCAGCACAACGACAGGAGUUGUAACACCAAAAGAAGACAAAACGACCAAGGUGGUGACUAAGAGGCAAGAGAACUCACUUUCGCAGAAAACCACAACACCAGUUUCACCAAAGGUUCCUUCCAAAACGGAACGUCCCAAGAGCAUGGGAGACUCAUCCAUGCCAGUGCCCGUGCCCAGAGUUCGACCUAGCAUUGCCCCCAAACCACAACGUUCCCAAAGCAUAUCCUGUCCAGGGUACAAGCGCAACCCAGGUGUGCCCUUGUCCAGAGGUGGCUUCGCUGUAGGGCACGCAGUGCAAUCGAAGACCAAGGGCAUCUGGGCCUGGCCAAUUCCUCACCCGACGAACAAGGAUAAUUGUCUUCUACUGUUGGACACGGAGGGGCUGGGAGACCCGGAGAAGGCCAAUGAGGAGCACGACAUCUGGCUGUUCAUCAUGGCCGUGCUGCUGUGCAAUGUGCUUGUCUACAACACCGAGAAGACUCUGGAUAACACGAGCCUGGAGCAGCUGCGCUACGUGAAGAACAUGUCAGAGCACGUGCGAUCCCAGAUUUCUCCUGAAGACGAAAAACCAAGUGUCAUGGAAAGCCACUUGCCGUCCCUGGUUGUGUGUGUGCGGGACUGCGCGCUGAAGCUGGAAUGGGACGGGAAGUCAUGGACUCCCGACGAGUACAUGGAGAAGUGCUUCCAGGUCCGCAGGAGCAAUUCCCCGAAAAAUGAAGAAUUCAACAGGGAACGCGACCUCAUGUGCGCAUAUUUUAAAAAGCGGAAGUGCUUCAUAUUCCCCAUGCCCGCACACCCGGACGACAUGGACCAGCUGGAGAAUAAACUCAGCAAGACGUUUCUGAAAGUGGCGGAGGAGUUCACCUCUCACAUCUACCAGAUCAUAAAGUACAAGAACAUCGAUGGGGUCAUCCUCACUGGCCAACUCUUCCUGCAGGUUGCAGAGCUUUAUGUGCAGGCUCAUCGUUCGGGCGACAUGGCCUGCAUCGAGGGUGCACGGAAACAGGUGGUGCUGCUUGCCAACAUGCAGGCAAUGGAGGACGCCAAGGGGGUAUACCAGAGAGAGAUGGAGACGUUGGCGAACAAGCUUCCUGUGGAGUACAAACAACUGCAACGACAUCAAGAGGAGUGCACAAAGAAAGCGAUGGCUCUCUUCUACCGUUGCUCUGUGCUCGACUGCAUUCACGAGUUUGAGACGGAGCUCUUGCGUUUCACGCUGGAAACAUUUGAGAAAAUGGAGAAAAAGAACACGGAGCAAUCAUACAAGUUGUCCGAACGGCGACUUCGUAAACUAUUUCAACACGUGAAUGAGAUGGACAAGGAAUUCAUGCAGCCUGGGGGCUAUCAGAGAUACAAGGCAGCAAUGCGGAAACUGGACGAAGAGUAUCAUGCUACACAGGGACUCGGAGAAGAGAAAGACAACGCCUACAAAGAUUUCAUGGAAAAAAAUAAGGAUCGUGGACAAAGUAUCCUGAUGGUGGACAAGACCCUGACCCAAGUUCAACAAGAAGAACUGAAGAGCAGAACAUUGGAAAGGCAACGAAAGCAAGAUUCGGAGGUUCUGAAGAACGUUUACAAAGACAGGAAAUCAGACAAAUCACACUUGAAGAAUCAGCAAAAGGUCAUGACGGAGUUGUUUGACGAGAAGCUGAAGGCGAUCGAGAAUCACACAGACGAGAACAUAGCCAACAUAAAGUGUAACUUCGUGAAGAAAAUGAUGGAGUUUUUUCAGCAAAAGUGAAAGUGUGUGAUCUGUUAAUACCAUAUUAUUAAAAUUUAAAGACAUUGUGAAUUUAGGGUAUACUUUGUCAAGUGUCUUAUAACGUGGAGGAUAUAGCAGAGCUUAAUCAAAUGUGAAUACGGGUACGGGCUUGCUUUGGAAUUUUAAAUUCAUGGUUGCAAAAUCCUCAAACCGUUACACUGCAUUGUAAGCGUGUAAUGAAGAAAAUGGGAGCAGACUCACUCAUCCUACAAGAGAGCUUUUAGGAUGAGGGGGUCUUGGAGAAACAUCUUCCAGAUGAUGAUUAUGAAUGUGCUGCUUUGAAAUGUGGACAGAUUCCGUCUGGAACAUGUUUUAUGUCUUAAUGGCCAGUGAUGGUGUUUUCUGUCCUUUGGCUGCUAAUGCAUUGCUAUGGAGGACCAUCUCCUGGAAUAUGUUUCUGAACAACUAAUUAAACAUAUUCUUUGGUUCUUUCGGUAAAGUCACGUCGGUAGAAAAAUAAAAUAAUAUAUCAUUAAAACAUAUCUUCCUGAAGAUACUGUAUUGUUUGUAUUAAUUAAGACCCCCCAAUUUGUGUCUUAUAAAGCAGAGCACAUAAUUAGAGGAUUCCCUGAUAGCAUUUUUAUGAUGCAAUAUUAAGGUUUUUGGGGGGGUUAGAUCGCGUAAAUAUAAAUGUGUCCUUAAAGCCGCCAGCACCACCCAACAAAGCCAAGUAGUAAGGUUUGUAAAGUAAACAAAACGUAGUUAAUCUGUCACUAGUUCAGCACUAACCGGUGUGUGUGUGUUGGAGGGUAAACCCACUACAACAUUUACAAUUCGAGUACCUGGUGACAUAUCGCUAGUAAUUACAACAACAACCAGCAGCAUCAUCAGGUAACAGCCCAGAGUUGUGGAGAAAUCCUCCUGCUGUUUUGAUCUUAAAUAGACGGGGGUAAAUGUAAUGUCGUCACUGUGUGCCUAUCAGGUGCAAAGAUCCGGGGGGUUUAAUGUGUUUAUAGAUACAGACAGUUCCCGGGUUGUGGAAGACCCGACUUAUGGAAGUCCGCGCUGGCAGAAAUGCUCCCAUAAAUCAUGUUGGGGAAAAAUCAAUGCGCUGCAAUGUUUGCGUUAGUUACGUAAGUGCAAGUAGUGCAGCGCGGUGAGGUUGCGGAUGAAUACCGCGGAGCGAGGCGUAGAGGCAGGGCUCCAGCUCCCUCUGCAGCUCUCUCUGCAGCCCUGCCUUUAAAACAACGUAUGUCUGAUGUUGACCCCGAUGAUUGUAAUGCCCGUCUCCUCUCCUUCCUCCUCUAGCAAUUAAGUCAUUCGUCAUUAACAACUAUUUCCAGCUAUGGGAUUUUAUCUUGACUUUGGGGGAAAAUUGGUCAGUUUCCGAUGUACGGAAAGUUCGGGUGACGGAUCGUUCUCGGGAACCUGACCCUUCCAUAACCCGGGGACUGUCUGUAUAUAGAUACGUCAGUUUCCAAUAUCUUUGUUAUUAUAAUUUACAAAUUUGUUAUAUCGUUUUUGUUCUUUGCUCUGCUUUCAGUAAGAAUAAAGGUGACUUAAAAAUG